CGUCAGGUGAGGUCAUCGAUGUUAAAUUCUACAUGGAAAGCGUGACUAGACUGCUACAUCCAGACCUCUGUGAAGUGGUAAUCCGUACCGGUAUCCAGGUGAGCCAGGUAACUAAAGUGGGGGUUCCAUAUCAGUUGGACCUCACCCCUAAUACGGAGUUAAGCAUCAACACAUCUUGAAAUCGCCUUCCACACUUCACCACCCUUUCCGAGUCCGGACCACCGGUCAAAAAAGCCAGAGAGAAAAGCCAAGCUUUGCACCAUGUCAAACCAAGCCAGCGCAGCAACAGAAACCAUCGACCUCCUCCUCGAGCACUACCUCGCGCUGCUCGACGAGUACACCACCCUCCGCGGAACGCUUAACACAGUGCAGGCCGACAUCUUCCACAGCCUGGCGCGCGCCAACUUCUCGGCCGAGCGUGGCAUCCGCUACUACGGGCAGGACUACUACGACGAGCGGAUGCAAGCCAUCCGGCGGAUCCAAAUCGGGCCAAAGGACGGGAAAGCGGAAGCGGAAGCGGAAGGGAAAGGGGACACGGAUCCCGGCGCCAACAGGCCGGUAUUUACUGUCCGCACAUACCCGCCAUCGGCGUCAGGGUCGGAACCGGAUACGGUGUCACGAACGUCCGAUGGAUCUGGAUCUGGAACGGAAUCCAAAGAGGCAGAGAAGUCGGUUCCUGAUGCUGAUGCUAAGUCCGGCGGAGUAAACCCUUCCGCGACAGACGAUAGUAGUGGGUCUGUAGACGAGAAGCAGAAGAAGGAGCAGGGUCAAGAAAAGGGAGAGGAGCCGGGGCCCACAAGCGAGGAGGAGCAGAAACCCAGACCGAAAGACAAGCCCACAGACCCCCUCCGCUGGUUCGGCAUCCUCACGCCGCUGGCCCUCAGGCAGGCUCAGGGGCACGCCAUCAAGGCAGUGGAGGAGAUCAUCCCACGGCUGGCGACACUCAACGUCGAGAUGGCCGCGAUCGAGGUAGAGGUGAGGAGGGCGAGGAAGAGGCGGGCGAAGGCCGAGAAGGCGGAGGAGAAGCGGGUGGCCGAGUUGGCGGAUCAGAUGGGCCACGUGGAUGUCAGUGCCUAAGGGGACGAGGUAAGGUAGCCAAGGCUCUGCCUCUUACCUGGUAGGUAUCUCCUCCCUCCCUCUCGUUCGAACCGCAGCAAAUUUGGGCUGGUUA